CACUUAGCAACCUGAAAUGUUACCCCUAAAAAGUUUGUCACCUGAACCAUACCCGAUCAUAUCAAAACGUUCUAUCUAGAGAGAAACAUCAAAUUUAUUAUUUUUAUAUAGGAGCUAAGAAUAUUAUAGAUAUACAGAAGAAUAACAGCCAAGACAUGGUGAUUGUGCGCGGGAUGUAUGAGAUAACGGAGCUGGUGGCGGGCUGCAUCGGAUCCGUGGGUCUCUACAUGGCCGGCUGCAAUGUGCUGCCCCUGAAGUAUGUUCCCGAUUUUCCGGCAGCGCUCUUCGUUCUUUCCUCGGUACUUUUAAUGCACCAUGUCCGCGUUGUGAACUAUCCGCCGGUACAGAAGCUAUGGCGUUUGCUCUUGGAGCUGGUGGGUCUAUAUGUCGCCACCCAGGUGUUCGUCGCCAUGAUUUGGGAGCAGUUUCACGCCCUGUUAGAUGUCAGCCGGGAUGCCGUGCUCAACACUAGCCUGGGACUGGUAUUUCUUAAGCAUUUUCCCAGGCUGAUUAUGUUUGUGCGCCAGGAUGUCUGCUACUUUGCCCAACUGGUGCUUUCUGUCGUACUGACCAUCAAGGCGUUAAGGUACACCAAUACUAUAGACUACGUUCUGCCCGAGCGCCGUUUCUACCAGUAUUACGAGGGCCAGGCUACGGAUGAGGCUUUCACCUACAACCGUGGGAGAUCGGCUUCGCAAAGACGGGUCCGUUAACCAGAGGAAAUCACCCAGGGGCGGUCAUGCAUUUCAUAUAUUUCAAGAAACUACGCAAAAUUGGACACGUAUUACCAAGGCAAAUGCUUGCCUAGUGCAGUGCACCCAAAAUCAAAGACCUUUGGAUAUGUUUCAUGCUUCAAAGAGCACAUUGUACAAUCAGCUUUUAAUUUUCGCGGGCUAGGUUAUAACAAUCGAUUAACGAACAAGCCAAUCGAAAUUGAAAUGUGUCAGUUUACCAUCUCUAGGAGAAGAGAAGAUCAGGAAACAAGAUCAGACAAAAACAAUUAAAUUAAAAAACUAGUCCUUA